GCUCUCACCAGAGCAGAGAAUCAAUUGUAUCCAAGUAUAUAUAUAUAGUUCCUCUCCUAGCUAGCUUUGUCACUUUGGGUUGUCUUUCAAUCAUUCACAAUCUCAUUAUUCUUUUUUUAAAUAAGCAAGAGAGAAAGGAAGAAUGGGAAGGGCUCCCUGUUGUGCAAAGGUAGGACUACAUAGAGGACCAUGGACUCCUAGAGAGGACACAUUGCUUACUAACUACAUUCAAACUCAUGGUGAAGGCAAUUGGAGAUCUUUGCCCAAAAAAGCUGGUCUUCUAAGAUGUGGUAAGAGUUGCAGAUUGAGGUGGAUGAACUAUCUAAGGCCAGACAUCAAGAGAGGCAACAUCACUUCUGAUGAGGAUGAUCUCAUCAUCCGAUUACAUGCCCUACUCGGCAACCGAUGGUCUCUCAUCGCCGGUAGGCUCCCGGGACGAACCGAUAACGAGAUCAAGAAUUACUGGAACACCAAUCUUAGCAAGAAGCUUAGAAGGCAAGGCACCGAUCCCAACACCCACAAAAAAUUAUCAGAGCUAGACCAGCAAGCACUCCAGCAAUCCCAAAUCAAGAAAAGAAGAAGAAAUAAUAACAAGAAGAAUAAUGAUUCCGAUAAGCACAGGAAUAAUAUGAAGAGGCUCAAGGAGAUCCGCUCGGCCUACGAAAAGCCCAAGAUCCAUCUCCCCAAGCCCAUUAGGGUCACUAGUAAGUUCUCCAUGCCAAGAAAUAAUGAGAGCUUUGAGUCCUUAAACAAUAAUACAAUUAGUGUCAUGUCCUCAUCAAGUCAAGGAGAGGAUAUAGUACAUGUCCCUAAUUGGUGUGAUAAUCCAAACGGGCUUUUUUUUCUCCGUGGCGGUGGCGGCGAUCUCGUUAACGGCUCGGAUUUCGAGUGCCGCUCCGGUGUACCUACGUCGGAUAAUACUAGUCUAGAGAAGCUUUAUGAGGAGUAUCUGGAGCUUCUGAAGAUAGAUGAUGAUCAUGAUCAUGACCAAAUUCAGUCACAUAAUUCAUUCGCCGAGUCGUUGUUGGUCUUAUGAAAUCAAAUUCAUGAGUUUGUGGAUAUGUUAAUAUAGUGUUAAUUUAAGGUUUUGAAAUUGAAGUCGUUUAAUUAGUGUCUCAAUUAGCUCUUCACGUGUUUACCUUCUAGUCAAAACAAAAAGAAAUUUGUGUAAUGAUAUCCUGGUAAUUAAGUUGUAAUUAUGUGAAAAUAAAAAACCUAUUUAGUU